CUCUGUCUCUCUCUCCCCUUUGUCUCACACACACAGAAUAAGGAAGUCACUCCUUUCAGACAAAACAAAACUGAUCUCUCUCUCAGUGCGAUUUUAGGAAAAUGGCUGAGGCCAGUAUUUCAGUAGCUCAGGACCAGUUCAUGUGUCCACUGUGUCUGGAUCUCCUGAAGGGUCCGGUGACUAUCCCCUGUGGUCACAGUUUCUGUAAGGUGUGUAUUAAUGGCUGCUGGGAUCAGGAGGAUCAGAAGGGCGUCUACAGCUGUCCUCAGUGCAGAGACACUUUCACGACAAGGCCUGUUCUACGCAGAAACAACAUGCUGGAUGAAGUGGUGGAGAAACUGAAGAAGACUGAAGUCCAAGCUGCUUCUCCUGCUCACUGUUAUGCUGGACCUGGAGAUGUGGAGUGUGAUAUCUGCACCGGGAGAAAACACAAAGCCAUCAAGUCCUGUCCAAUCUGUAUAUUUUCUUAUUGUGAAACUCAUCUGAAACCUCAUCUUGAAGACCCUACUUUGCAAACACACACAUUAAUUGAAGCCUCAGCAAAACUCCAAGAGAAGAUCUGCUCUGAACAUAACAAGCUGAUUGAGAUCUACUGUCAGACUGAUCAAGCCUGCAUCUGUUAUUUGUGUACGAUGGAUCGUCACAAAGGUCACGACACCGUCACAGCCACAGUAGAAAGAGCUGAGAAACAGAGUGAGUUAGAGGAGGAGCAGAUGAAAUCCCAGCAGAGAAUCCAGGAGAAGCAGAAGAAGGUGCAGGAGCUGAAACAGGCUGUGAACACUAUAAAGCUCAGUGCACAGACAGCAGUGGAGGACAGUGAGAGGAUCUUUACUGACCUGAUCAGCUUCAUGGAGAAAAAACGAUGGGAGGUGACGGAGCUGAUCAGAGAUCAGGAGAAGGCUGAACUGAGUCGAGCUGAACGACUCCUGGAGCAACUGGAGCAGGAGAUUGCUGAUCUUCAGAGGAGAGUCACUGAGCUGGAGCAGCUUUCACACACACGUGAUCACAUCCAUUUCCUCCAGGUUUUAGCUUCUGGAAGUCGGUCUCUUCCCUUCCAAAGACCAGAUUUUCUCACAUCCAGCAUCACUGUCCGUCAGCAUCUCUCAUUUGAUGGAGUGAGGAAUUCUCUCUCAGAUCUGAAAAAGAGACUCCAGGAAUUCUGUGAGGAGGAAUUCAACAAAAUCCCUCCACAUGCUGCAGCAGUUCAGAUCAUUUCAGAACCAGAACCACAGAGCAGAGAAGAGUUUCUGAAAUAUUUCUGUUAUCUGACUCUGGAUCCCAACACGGUACAUCGUCACCUCAUUCUGUCUGAGAAGAACAGAGCGGUGAAUGACAGUGGGAGGGAGCAGGGUUACUCUGAUCAUCCAGAGAGAUUUGAUUACUGGGAGCAGGUGUUGUGUAAGGAGAGUGUGUGUGGACGCUGUUACUGGGAGGUGGAGUGGAGCGGGGCUGGUGGUGUGGACAUAUCAGUCUCAUAUAAAGACAUCAGCAGGAAAGGACAGGGUAAUGAGUGUAGGUUUGGAGGCAACAAUCAGUCCUGGAGUUUGCGGUGUUCUUCUUCUUUCUCUUUCUGGCACAACAACAUUAAGACUGAGCUCAAAUUUCCAUCACCCUCCAGAAUAGGAGUGUAUGUGGAUCACAGUGCAGGAACUCUGUCCUUCUACAGCGUCUCUGAUGCAAUGAAGCUCCUCCACAGAGUCUACACCACAUUCACUCAGCCUCUAUUCACUGGGUUUGGGUUCGGCAAAGUUCCUGGGUUCGCGUUCUACUGGCAUUAUGGUUCUGCUGUGAGAUUGUGUGAUCCAUAGUAAAAAAAAAAAAAAGUGUGGAGUGUUUUCUGUAAAAUUCCUGCACGUUGUUGUUCAGUCGUCUGUUUCACUAGAACACAAUCCAGCUGCACAAAACAUUCAUUUUAAUAUUUAAGUUAAAACAUGUAUCAUGUAAAUGUAUAAUAAUUAAAGUAGACUGCCUUUCAGAUUUUUCGAAUUUAGGCCAUAAAUAGAAUUUUCCCUGAUACCCAAUUAUUUUAGUGGACCGAAAGCUACUGAAUUCGAGAUUCAGACUUCAAAUUUUAUUACUUUUUUUUCCUAAAAGAACAAUUAAUGAAUUUAGAGCCAUGUGGCCCUAAAUUCUCCGCCAUUUUUUCUUGCCUCACCGUGACUUUAUCCAACAUGCUGUGUCGUGCAUGAGGUGUUGGGAUUUCCCUGUUGUGGGAUACAAAUUUGCAACCUGAGAGAACAAUGGAAGACGUGAGUGUGCGCAUGAAACAUGGAAGACCGACUACAGUAACAGAAAGUGGGAAGAAAAGACUCUGUAUUGCGAAGGAAAGGAAACACAGGACCAAAAUAAUAACAGCAAACACAAAAAUCAAAAAGAUGAAUGUAACGGCUUCGCUGAUAUAGUGGACACUGAAACAGGCAGGCGGGAUCAAUGUCACUUUAGUUUUUAUUUUUUAAACUGUCACUUAACACAAAACACGCUUUUCAGCAAUUUCAAAAUAAACUGUGUGCCACUGCACCGACAUGAUUUCAGCCAGGGGAAGAGAUUUACACUGUGCACACACACAGCAUCUUCACCGGGCUCGUGCUCCACUCACCAACUGGCAUUUGACCACGCCCCCCGCCACAGUGAAAAAGAACCAUAUACUGUCUUGCUCAAUGAAAUAAACUGCGCAGUAUGAUAGUGAAUUGAGAGGUUGUUCACCAGAAGUUGUGCAAUAUACAGUAGGUGUAUAGUUUAAUUACACACAUUUUCGCUCAGUGGUCUUCACCAUCGCAAUGAUAAAAAAAGAACCUUCUGUGUAAACUAUCUAAUGCACAGGAAUAAUAUUUACAUUGUGAAAUCAAUACAUACUUUUCAUUAUCUCAUCUCAUUAUCUCUAGCCGCUUUAUCCUGUUCUACAGGGUCGCAGGCAACCUGGAGCCUAUCCCAGCUGACUAUGGGUGAAAGGCGGGGUACACCCUGGACAAGUUGCCAGGUCACCACACAGCUGACACAUAGACACAGACAACCAUUCACACUCACAUUCACACCUACGCUCAAUUUAGAGUCACCAGUUAACCUAACCUGCAUGUCUUUGGACUGUGGGGUAAACCGGAGCAAACCCACGCGGACACGGGGAGAACAUGCAAACUCCACACAGAAAGGCCCUCGCCGGCCACGGGGCUCGAACCCGGACCUUCUUGCUGUGAGGCAACAGCGCUAACCACUGCACGACCGUGCCGCCCCAAUGAUGACAUCGAUUUGCUGAAUAAAAUGAUAGGAAUAAGCUUCAGAUCAACUUACUGAACAAAUCUAAAAUUAAGCAUGAAAACAUCAUCAAUUAUGAACAAUUAAUCGAUAACAAGGAUUUGGAAAGAGAUCAGUGUAAUUUUGUAGCUGGAUUAUUCAAGAUUUCCUUUAGCAGUUGCUUCUUGAAAAGGGGCAGCGACAUACUGUUUUGUAAUUGUUUUUUUUUUUAGACUACUCCAUCCAAAGGGUCGUCUAUACAUUAAAGUAAACUGUCGCUGAUUAGAUUUGGUUCGAAUUGGUCUUGUUAUUGCACUGUCUUGUGUUGUGUUUGUGGAUAUCUGAGUUAUAUAUAAUACUUUCUCUGUAAUGUGCUGGUAAACAUCAACUUCCAUAGAUGAUUUUGUGAACAAAAAGACUAAUCUGUAAUUUGUUAAUGUCAUAUAUUGUUAAUCCUUUUAAGUCAUGAAACUAAUUUGUUGAAGGGAAUGUAUAUGACACAUUUGAAGCGAUCCUAAUAAAGCGUUUCUGUAGUAAGAGCAGUGGCUUAAGCGUUGUUGUGUAAGUGCUUGCCCAUAUAAUAUUACAGCAUGUUCGGUACUGGCAAAUCUAGGUGUA